GAGGCGCGACCUCUGCAGACAACGGUGUAAAUGACACAUGGGCAUUUAUAUCUAUAUAUCGUACAAUUCAUUUUUGGCCGAACCAGACAGCCUGCCCACCGAUACGUCACCGAUGAUCGUCCAGGUUUCCCGGCUCAGAGCUCUUUGUGCGCUAGGAACCGCCCUUCUCCGAAGCGCAUUGGACAGACAGCAGGCAUGAUUGGCAAAUAACCUAUCCAAUGAGUGCCUGAUGCUUACUGUAGCUCCGCCCAGCCCGCCGCUCUUGCGGUAAGCAGUGUGGCAGGAGCAGCAGUAGUUGGCAGAGCUUGGGUUUAACCUCUCGGCUGGGAUCGCACCGUGCCCGGUCUGUGUAUCUCUGGGGCGACAGGAGCUCACAGCGUAGGCCUGUGGGAGACACAUUCAUGCAGGUGGUGUGACUGCAGAAUCUCAUGGAGAUCACGUUAUGGAUCCUGCCCUGUGCACAUUGCGUGGCAUCUCUGGACAUAACCCUUCCUGCGAGCCAGACUCGAAAUGAAGUAUCGGGAUCUGCGGAAGUCUGAGUGAUGCUAGACAACCUUUUAUUUUGCUCCAGAAGGUCAAAAACAUGGGAAACGCCGAAAGCCAAAAUGUAGAACAAGCUUUGUAUGGGAAAGAGCACGGCACUUUGGGUCGGAAGCACACAUCUCGCUCACUCCGUAUUUCCAAUAAGAAUUCUCGCAGGACCCGUCAUGCUUCAUCAGGGAAACCAGUACAUCGGAAUUCCGAAGUCAGUAACCGGUCAAGCAGCACCCCCAGCAUCCCCCAGUCUUUAGCAGAAAAUGGUAUGGAGCCGUACUCUCAAGAUGCCAACCUGGACGACUUUGACAGCCGGGACUGGGUAGAUAUGGGUCUGAGACCCGUUUCUUACCAUACGGAUUCUUCCGUCACCCCGAGUCUAAACAGCAGCACUGUUCUCACCGCGGCCUCCAUGCAGAGCAUGCAGGACUGUGAAGAAAGUAGACUUUAUGGUGAAGACCACUCUUAUUUCCAAGAUGGAAACGGGAGAUCUCAGAUCUACACCACAAAUGGGCCAAACCUCUUGGAUGCAGCCAGUUUUAAGAAAAAGCGUUCUAAAUCAGCGGAUAUAUGGAGAGAGGACAGCUUGGAGUUUUCCCUUUCUGAUCUGAGCCAAGAACACUUAACAAGCACGGAGGAAAUUUUAUGCUCAACUGAGGAGAAAGAUUGUGAGGAGACCAUAAUAGCCGAGGCAGGUAAUAACGCCAAACUGAAUUCCAGCCAACGUGCCAAUUCCUUGACAGACUUGUACCCACAAAUUAACCCACACGCGUCUGUUAAUGGUGCACCUAGGAGUAAAUUUAUGGUCUACUGCCGGAACUUAGUGUCCCACUCACCAGAAUCGGAGAAUUACAAAAUGGACCCCACUUCUGCCGAAGAGACUCCACCUUACAGCAAUUAUAGCACUCUGCCAUGCCGGAAGUCCCAUUGCCUUUCUGAAGGUGCUGCAAACCUAAAACUGAGCCAUACCAACAGCAUGCAUGGCCGAAGAGCAAAGACAACUCAGGAUGUAAAUACAGGAGGGGAAGGCAGCGAAUUCACUGACAGCGGCAUAGAGGCUGCCACCACUGAUACAGACAUUAUAUCCAGAAGAUCAAACAUUACCACAUCCAGUUACUCUCCCACGGCCAGCCGAGUGUUCAUCGGGAGCGACAGCGGCAGCAGCUCGACCGGAGAUGUUCUGCGUCAGGGCGUCUACGAGAACUUCCGCCGGGAGCUGGAGAUGAGCAGGGCCAGUAGGGAGAACUUGGAAGAAGCCAGUUCGGCACUUAGCGAUGAACAAAGCAGUGGCACUUUAAGUUCCCCUGGCCAGUCAGAUAUUCUCCUGACUGCCGCCCAGGGGACGGUGCGCAAAGCUGGGGCUCUAGCAGUCAAGAACUUUCUGGUGCACAAAAAGAACAAGAAAGUGGAACCCGCCACGCGCAGAAAAUGGAAACAGUACUGGGUCUCCUUAAAAGGCUGCACGUUGUUCUUUUAUGAGACGGACGGUCGAUCUGGAAUCGACAACAACAGUAUCCCCAAGCACGCCGUGUGGGUGGAGAACAGCAUUGUGCAGGCCGUGCCCGAGCACCCAAAGAAAGACUUUGUCUUCUGCCUGAGCAACUCUCUUGGGGACGCCUUCCUUUUUCAGACAACCAGCCAGACGGAACUAGAGAACUGGAUCACAGCCAUCCAUUCAGCCUGCGCCACCACCGUCGCGAGGCAGCACCACAAAGAGGACACCGUCAAACUUUUAAAGUCGGAAAUAAAGAAACUUGAGCAGAAGAUCGACAUGGACGAAAAGAUGAAAAAAAUGGGAGAAAUGCAAAUUUCCUCUGUUACCGACGCUAAAAAGAAGAAAACCAUCCUGGAUCAGAUCUUUGUCUGGGAGCAGAACCUCGAGCAGUUCCAGAUGGACCUAUUCCGGUACCGCUGCUAUCUCUCCAGCCUGCAGGGGGGAGAGCUGCCAAACCCCAAACGCCUUCUUGCUUUUGCCAGCCGGCCCACCAAAGUAGCCAUGGGCCGCCUGGGGAUCUUUUCUGUCUCCUCCUUCCAUGCUCUGGUGGCUGCACGCACAGGAGAGUCCGGGGUAAGAAGGCGGACACAAGCCAUGUCCAGAUCUGCCAGCAAGAGGAGGAGUCGGUUUUCUUCUCUAUGGGGGCUGGACACAUCAUCUAAGAAGAAACAGGGAAGGACAAGUGUUACCCAGGUGUUCAGUGACGGCUCUGAAUCAGUCAAGAAGUCCCUGGAAGGCAUUUUUGAUGAGACCAUGUCAGAAGAGAAGAAGGAAAAGGAGGUAGCACUGAGCACUGUCCAUCCUCACAAUCCCGACACCGACAUCUGGGUCCAUGACUACCUGACUCCAUCCUGGGUUUGCCUGCCCAACGACCAGCCUGUGCUUAUAGUCAUACAUCCCGAUGACAUGGCAAAGGAUGCCUUGGAGAUUAUAUGUAAGACUCAUCAGUUGGAUUACACAUCUUAUUAUCUCCGACUGAAAUUCCUGAUGGACAACCAGACGCAGAUCUACAUCCCCAAACCUGAAGAGGAGAUCUAUGAGCUGCUAUAUAAAGAAAUUGAAAUCUGCCCCAAAGUCACGAAGCACAUUCAGCUGGAGAAGGGAGGCGGUGCGUCGGAAAGCUUCGGAUUUGCUCUCUCUUCAGUGGAGGAAGAUGGAAGGCAUCACCUUUAUGUCAAUAACGUUAAGGAGUCGGGCUUGGCAUAUAAGAAAGGCCUGAAGGUGGGAGAUGAAGUGAUGGAGAUAAACGCCAAGCCAGCCCGUGAGCUGAAUUCUUCUGUGCUAAAGAAUAUCCUGUGCAAGUCGUCCUUGUACCUGACUGUGCGCACGUGCCCAGACGCAGGAGACUGUCCGUUAGAAGCCCUGCCCCGGCGCUCAGACACAGACUGCAAUGACUUUCUCCUGCUGAGCAAUCGAGAUUGCAGCGAGACAGACAGCUGCAGCGAGACAGCCCCGGAGGAGAUAGAAGUGCAGCUGGACGCGCCCGAAGAGGCGGAUUCCAUUAAUAAAAGCACCGAGCAGGUCGCUGCCUUGCGUCGCAGUCCACAUGAAAUGAAUUCUCCCGACUCCUGCCUGUCUCCGUCCGAAUUCGCCGGGCCAGCCCUCGCCACCAUGAGACAGCUGACAGACGCCGAUAAACUGCGCAAGGUCAUAUGCGAGCUCCUGGAGACCGAACGCACCUAUGUCAAGGAUUUAAACUGUCUGAUGGAACGCUAUCUGAAACCUCUGCAGAAGGAGCCGUUUCUCACCCAGGACGAGCUCGACGUGCUCUUUGGGAACCUCACGGAGAUGGUAGAAUUUCAGGUCGAGUUCCUUAAAACCCUGGAAGAUGGGGUGAGACUGGUUCCGGACCUGGAAAAGCUGGAAAAAGUCGAACAAUUCAAGAAAGUGUUGUUUUCUCUGGGCGGAUCCUUUCUGUAUUAUGCCGACCGCUUCAAGCUGUACAGUGCCUUCUGCGCCAGUCAUACAAAAGUCCCAAAAGUAUUAGUCAAAGCCAAGACCGACUCAAACUUCAAAGCGUUCCUUGAUGCUCAGAAUCCCAAGCAGCAGCACUCCUCCACGCUGGAGUCCUACCUGAUUAAGCCAAUCCAACGCAUCCUUAAAUACCCGCUGCUGCUCAAAGAGCUCUAUUCCUUGACUGACGCUGAGAGCGAAGAACAUUACCAUCUUGAUGUGGCUAUUAAAACCAUGAACAAAGUGGCCAGCCACAUCAACGAGAUGCAGAAAAUUCACGAGGAAUACGGAGCAGUGUUUGAUCAGCUUAUAUCGGAACAGAGCGGGGAAGUAAAAGAGGUGGCAGACUUGUCCAUGGGGGACCUGCUUUUACACAACACAGUCACUUGGCUUAAUCCACCUGCAUCGCUGGGAAAGUGGAAAAAGGACCCCGAACUGGCAACAUUUGUCUUUAAGACUGCCGUAGUGCUGGUUUACAAGGACAGCUCCAAGCAGAAGAAGAAGCUGGGUGGCUCCCAUCGAGCGUCCAUGUUUGAAGAUCGGGAUCCGUUUCGCUUCCGUCACAUGAUUCCUACCGAGGCUUUGCAAGUUCGAACCAUGACGACAUCAGAUGCCGAAACCAACUCUGUCUGUGAGAUUGUUCAUGUGAAGUCAGAGUCCGAGGGACGACCAGAGAGAGCCUUCCACUUGUGCUGCAGUAACCCAGGCCGUAAGAAGGAGUUCCUGAGGGCCGUGCACUCCAUUCUGCGUGACAAGCACCGGCGGCAGCUGCUGAAAACCGAAAGCCUACCCAACUCCCAGCAAUACGUCCCGUUUGGAGGGAAGAGGCUGUGCGCAUUGAAAGGUGCCCGUCCCACCAUGAACCGAGCAGUUUCAGCGCCCAGCAGGUCCCUCGCCCGGCGAAGGCGUCUCGUGAGAAACCGUUUCACCAUCGACUCGGACAGCAUCUUCUCAAACGACCCCGAGAAAGAUUCCGACCAGGAGACGGAGCCUUCGCCGCCCCAGCAGUCGUCGAACAGCGGCGACACGGAUCGCUGGGUGGAAGAGCAGUUUGACCUGGCGCAGUACGAAGAGCAGGACGACGUGAAGGAGACCGACAUACUGAGCAGUGACGAUGAGUACUGUGAGUCCAUAAAGGGGGGUUCCAUGGAAAAGGAUCUGAGCGAGCAACUGGAGGCCACCUCUCUUUCUAGCAACCCAAUGGGAACCAAAGUCCAGAACACAAUGAAUACGCACGCCUCCCGUAUGGCUCAGCUGAAGAAACAGACCGCCUUUUCCGGAAUGAACGGCAGCAUCGAGAGCAACACGGACGAGGUCAUAUGGGUGAAACGGGAAGACUUUGUACCUGUCAGGAAACUCAACACCGAGAUCUAGUGGAAGUGUUCAACUUGCCCUUUAUCAGAAUAGUUCCGCUGCACUGUGGGAAGUGAUCCUUUAGAAUGCACACUUGCACGCACAACAUUGGCAGCUAAAACGGCCCAGAGGCCACAUAUCCGGGUUACGGCAACUGCAAUUCUCAACAAACAAGCCCACAAUCCCCCCCCCCCCCCCGCCCAUCUGUAAUACAGAAGGGCUUGCUAAUCUUAUUUAUUUGUAAAGCAAUCAGGGUUUGGAGAGAAUGGCUAAUGCCAAAAGGGGGUAAACGUUGGGUGGGAGUAUGGUGCUCCCCGACUCUGGCCAAUGAGCACAAGGAGCGAAAGGGAAUAUCCGUUGUGAUCUGUGACUCCGUUCUUGGUUUCUGCUGCCUUUCACUCGUUCCUGAGAAUGCAGUGUUCCCCCAUCCCUCGGUGUCAGCCCGUAGCUUUGUAUUUGGCGAGUGUUCCAGGGAUAGGCUUUUAUGUUGUAAAGCUAUUCUUCUGAUUUCUCCUUUUUAUUUUUUGCUAUAUUUGCUGGUUAUUUAAUGGUUAUGUUUGCGGCGCAUACGUUUUUACAUUUGAAAACAAAUUCUAACGAUGCCAAACUCUUUACUAGAGACCCAGAGGAAACACUUGAAAAAAAGAAAAAAAGAAAAAAUAUAUAUAUCUUUUUUGUAUUUAUACCUUUUACAUUCAGGGACACCAGGGAGCCGGGGGCAUUUUACAUUGUAAAGUUACAGGAUAAAGAAAUCUAGUCUUUCAUAGGAGAUAGGACACAGUAGUUUUGUAUGCAUAUUAUAUAAAUAUAUAUAUUUAAUAAAGAAACAUGCACAGGUCAACACAACCCAUAUCCCCAUUUUAUAAGUCAUUCCUCCAUGUAUACAUUACGCAGGGCUGGCCAACUAACAGACCAGGGGCCUCAUUCGGGCCAGAGUAUCUUUUUAAUAAUGUCAGCCAUAGAGGUGUGGUUUGAAGAAUAACUCCCAUGGAAGUGGACAGCAACACAUUCAUCUGGACCACAGUUCAGAAUGAUAUAUAUUGAAAAUAUAAUUGUUUAAGGGUAAUGAGAUGACCCUCUGUCCCUUUUUAGAGGCCCAGUGGUGGCCUUUAUUGGACGGCUCACUGUCCCUUUUUGGAGGCCCACCGGUGGCCUUUAUUGGACGGCUCACUGUCCCUUUUUGGAGGCCCAGCGGUGGCCUUUAUUAGACAACUCACUGUCCCUUUUUGGAGGCCCAGCGGUGGCCUUUAUUAGACAACUCACUAUCCCUUUAUGGAGGCCUAGUGGUGGCCUUUAUUGGGCGGCUCACUGUCCCUUUUUGGAGGCCCAGCUGUGGCCUUUAUUGGACGGCUCACUGUCCCUUUAUGGAGGCCUAGUGGUGGCCUUUAUUGGGCGGCUCACUGUCCCUUUUUGGAGGCCCAGCUGUGGCCUUUAUUGGACGGCUCACUGUCCCUUUUUGGAGGCCCAGCUGUGGCCUUUAUUAGACAACUCACUGUCCCUUUAUGGAGGCCUAGUGGUGGCCUUUAUUGGGCGGCUCACUGUCCCUUUUUGGAGGCCCAGCUGUGGCCUUUAUUGGACGGCUCACUGUCCCUUUUUGGAGGCCCAGCUGUGGCCUUUAUUGGACGACUCACUGUCCCUUUUUGGAGGCCCAGCGGUGGCCUUUAUUGGACGGCUCACUGUCCCUUUUUGGAGGCCCAGCUGUGGCCUUUAUUGGACGGCUCACUGUCCCUUUUUGGAGGCCUAGCGGUGGCCUUUAUUGGACGGCUCACUGUCCCUUUGUAGAGGCCCAGCGGUGGCCUUUAUUGGACAGCCCUGCUACCAACCAUACAUUAAGUCCAUUCCUUGCACUUGGUACAUUUAAAGUGCAGGCUUGUUGACAUCUUCCAAAUUUUUUCCCCUUUGGACCAGUUUUGUUUGGAAUCCUCCCCAACAAGGGGCCUUCAGCCUGUGGCUUCCCGGCUGCCGACAAGCUAAAACUUCAUGGGAGUUGGCAGCUGGGCAGGGGUGCCACUGAUAUCCUUGUUUAAAGCCAACGCAAAUUCUGUACGAUCAUGUUUUUCCGCUCUCACAUGGAUACAGAGAAUAACUAUUGUGCAAUUCAUUCGCCUUGAGAACUUCAUGUUGACGGAAGCACCUCUGAACCCGCUCAUUGCCCCGGGGGGAGGAGCAGCCGCUGUAUAGGCGGCCCCGGCUGGGUCACAGGGCGACUUUCUAGCUAAGGUUCCAUUGUGAUGUGUAAGUGGCAACACCAACUGUUACUUUGCUCUUGUUCUUUGCUGCUUUGAUUCCCAGUCCAUCUGAUUUUGGUUGGCGUGACAGUGAAUAUUGCAGUCCAUGCACAAAGCUUUUUCUUUUUUUUUUUUGGAGAAAAAUAAAAUGAAAAAAAUGAUAUCUAUUUUAUCCUUUGUAACUCUAUUGUCAUUUGGCACCUGCAGUUCACGUGUGUAUGACCUACUCGAUAGCCUGAGAUAAGCAGUCUUGUCGUGUACUGUAGCGAAGCAGAAUAUGGUCAAUUGUGAAAAACUGGAAAGUCUGGUGCUUUUAAAGGUACCGCACCCUGUACAUAUUGUCAUGACAUGUCUAUGUCACAUGUUCUUAUAUAUUUCUUUUAUAAGCUGAGAGAAGGUCUAUUUUUAUGUUUUUAGUUCAAUGAAUGAAAAGUUGUAAAUGCCUGUCAAACAAUAAAAUAUUAAAGAAAAGUA